UCUCAUUCCUCAUAAUCUUCUUCCCCACCUGCAAAUUUUCAGAAACUAUGGCAUUUAUGGAGGGCUCUGCAGCGGAUAUGCUGAUCAAGGUGGUGGUGUUCGCUCUUGUUCAAGGCCUGGUUUUUCUGAUCCUUAAGAGUUCUUCAGACGUGUUCUCCAAGAACAAGAUGAGAUCUCUCAGCUUCAAGCCUGCUCGGUCUGCUAGCAUUCGCCGCAUUCUUGCUGUCAUCUCGGAUUUGCCUGCCGGCGGCGAGGUGUCAUCGCGAUCAUCAAGAGGCCUGCUGGCACCCAGUACUGGAGAAUAUGCCACUGCUGAUGAGGAUAAAUACUAAGAGUUCUUCAGCAUUUCACAGUUGGUUAUGGCAGCUUGGCGUUUGUUUAGGAAUUGAUUCUUUUGUUCUUUGAAAUGGUAUUCUUUUUGGGGUUUGUGUGAAGUUUUGGUUUUGUAUUGAUAGAAAUAUUUCGUGCAUACAAUUGAAAUUAAAUAGUACUUACAUUGACCCACCA